ACUUCUGCAAAGCCAGAGCAUCAAUUGCCAGAUGAAAUUGAGCCAUCAACAGAGCCAACACGAAAAGUCUGCGAUAACGACCCACGUGUUACUUAUGAAGGAGGAAAGUACAUGGCUGAGAUUUAUAUUCCUACGGCAUUUCAUGGGAAACUUGUGGGUUUACGAGGGACUAUGCGUCGGGAGAUAGAAGAAUCCACUGAAUGCCGCCUUACCAUACCGCGCAAAGGCCAAAAAGGAAACGUUGAGAUCAAGUCAUUUGUUGGUCUUGAGAAUGUGCAACGUUGCCUAGACCGUAUCGAGCUGUUGAUAGCUGAGGCUAGAAGAACGGCUCCACUUACACAUUUUAUCGCUAUCCCUUGCAACUCUGCUGAGGUUAUCCAAGCAUUCGAGAUGUUCAAAGAAGCCGUGAUAGCCAAUGAACGUGUACCAGUGAGUGCGGUAAAGCAUUGUUAUAAACCCCUGAAAUUUUGGUCGCCGUGUCACGUCUAA